CUGAAGUACCCGCCCGAUUCCACGCCGGCGAAUUCUGCAGCGGCUAUCUUCUUCUUCUUCUUCUCUGCUGUUUCCAUGGCCUGCUCUGGACUGCUCUUCAAUUCCUUCGUCGACAAUAAGUGCUUUCGACCUUGCCAUCUCAAGCCUGCGGUUCCUUAUCCAAGAUCGCUCUCGACUUCAAGAUUUUAUCUGACUUCAAGUUUGAGGAUUUCCAUGUCAAUGGAGGAAAAUGGAGCUCCGACACAAGGGUUCGAAGUAUCAAGGAAGAAGCUACCUCAUGUGUUGACGGUGGCUGGCUCUGAUUCCGGUGCCGGAGCUGGAAUUCAAGCUGACCUUAAGGCCUGUGCUGCUCGUGGAGUGUAUUGUUCCACUGUGAUUACUGCAGUUACUGCGCAGAACACUGCCGGAGUUCAGGGAGUAAACAUCGUGCCUGAUGAAUUUGUUGCUCAGCAGUUGAGGUCUGUGCUCUCUGACAUGGAAGUUGAUGUGGUGAAAACAGGAAUGUUGCCCUCUAUCGAGAUAGUUAAAGUUCUUCAGCGAAGUCUUAAGGAGUUUCCUGUUCGAGGUAUGUUGAACUGAUUAAGUUCAUAUCAGUGUCAUCACAAACUCUAGAGGGUCUGGAAUUAACCAAAUAAUUGAAGGCAGCUGUAGUUGUCGAUCCUGUUAUGGUAUCUACGAGCGGAGACGUGCUAGCAGAUCCUUCCAUUCUGUCAAGUUUUCGGGAGGAGCUGCUUAUGAUGGCUGAUAUCUUGACCCCUAACCUUAAAGAGGCAUCUAAUUUACUUGGUGGAAUGCGGCUAGAGACAGUUGCUGACAUGCGACAUGCAGCUAAGCUAUUACACUCCCUGGGUCCAAGGAGUGUGCUUGUCAAAGGUGGUGAUCUUCCCGAGUCUUUUGAUGCUGUUGAUGUUUUCUUUGAUGGUGAAGAGUAUCAUGAACUACGCUCUCCUCGUGUAAAAACUCGCAACACCCACGGAACCGGUUGCACGUUGGCUUCAUGCAUAGCUGCUGAGCUAGCCAAAGGGUCCUCUAUGCUAUCUGCUGUGAAGGUAACCCCAUUGUGGUUGUGCAUGUGUUUUUAUUCUUAUGCAGUUUGUGACUGAAGGAGUGAUUGUUGAGUGAGACAUUAAUGAAUACUUAUUUUUUUGGCCUCUACCCCUAGUGGUGACUGUCAUAUGAGGUAUCUUUUAUUUUUAUAUAAACCAAUCCAACUAAGGAAAAUUAAGGUGGCAGCACUAGUUUCGUGUCUUGAUUUCACCAGGUGUACAUAUCAUCACUUUAACCUGCUAUAUGACUCUAGCUAAGCGCUAUGUUGAGACUGCCUUGGAGUAUAGUAAAGACAUUAUCUUAGGAAAUGGAGCUCAGGGUCCUUUUGACCACUUUUUAAGGCUCAAGCAUAACUCUGGCACAGGGGUAACUUUCAGUGGGAAUGACUUGUUUCUGUAUGCUGUUACUGACUCUGGGAUGAAUGAGAAAUGGGGACGGCCGAUGGAAGUUGCAGUUAAAGAAGCAAUCGAAGGAGGUGCCACUAUAAUUCAACUAAGGGAGAAAAAUGCAGAAACAAGAAAGUUCAUCGAAACAGCAAAAGCUUGUCUGAAGAUCUGCCGUCCCUACAAGGUGCCUCUGUUGAUAAAUGACCGUAUCGAUGUAGCCCUUGCGUCUGAUGCUGACGGAGUCCAUCUCGGGCAAUCAGACACGCCUGCCCAGGUUGCCAGGGCUCUUCUUGGACCAGAAAAGGCAAUUGGUGUUUCAUGCAAGACGGUGGAACAAGCUCACCAAGCAUGGGUUGAUGGUGCGGAUUACAUUGGCUGUGGUGGGGUCUAUCCAACUAGCACCAAGGCAAACAACACCACAGUGGGUUUGGACGGGCUGAAAACCGUUUGCUUGGCUUCCAAGCUACCUGUGGUGGCGAUUGGUGGAAUCAAUGCUUCAAAUGCGAUCCCCGUGCUGGGGAUUGGUGCGCCGAAUCUUAAAGGUGUUGCAGUCGUCUCGGCUGUGUUUGACAGAUCGAGCGUUGCGACAGAAACGAGGAACUUGCAUAGUAUGCUGACGGAAGCAGUGUCCAAGGCCAACUGAAGCAGUUCCUGCUUUUGAUACGUAAAGUGUGAAGAUUUCAAUAGCAUUGUUUUCAUAAUGGUGGAUGAUAACUUUGCUUCCUUGUGUUGAGAUUCAAAUAAGGUGCGGUGCACAUGUAGAAAAUGAAAGAGUCUAGCGUCGAUUUUGGAAAAGGUUGCUAUAUAUUUGUGCAACUUAAAAAUUAGAUCUGUUUGCUGGAGUAAACGAACAGGCUUGUAUUAUCCAUUAGGCCAAGAUUAAAGAGGAAGAUCUGUUAUUUCGUACUUCUGUUGUAAACUAUUUUAAGGAAAUCUGAAGCUGAUCUUAUAUAUCAUAUAAAUAUAUUAUGAAAAGUUCAUGUUGGUCGAUUUUAUUUAGAUUAGC